CUCUCAUUCAGGUUCCAUUUUUUAGCCAGGGAAGAGUGUGGCCGCUGCUGGAGGGAACAGGUGCACGACCCAGCAGAACACCCCUGCCUUCCCAGCAAGUUGGCGGGGAACCAGUACCCCGUGGACGGAGCGUCUGAUUCUGUGACUGGAGCUCCCAAGUUGGUGGCAACGUAAAUGGCUCUACUCCCCCCUGGCAUCCGCUUCCUUACCUCUUUCUCCCGAGAUCAGUGGUACAGAGCCUUCAUUUUCACCCUGACGUUUCUGCUGUACGCAAGCUUCCACUUAUCCCGAAAGCCUAUCAGCAUAGUUAAGGGUGAGCUCCACAAGCAGUGCGCUUCCCAGGAUGAGGCUGAGCCCGGAUCCAGCGGCCAAAGCCGUGGAGAUGCACACAGGCCUGCCGGCCAGCUCCUGGACAACGAGACGGACUGUGGCUGGGCCCCCUUCGGAAAGAGCAAUUACCAGCAGUUGCUCGGGGCUCUGGACUAUGCCUUCCUGUGUGCCUACGCCAUCGGGAUGUACCUGAGCGGCAUCAUCGGGGAGCGGCUGCCGAUCCGGUACUACCUGACUUUCGGGAUGCUCUCCAGCGGGGCCUGCACCGCCCUGUUUGGGCUCGGGUACUUCUACGACAUCCACAGCCUGGCCUUCUACGUGGUGGCUCAGGUCAUGAACGGACUGGUGCAGACCACCGGCUGGCCCAGCGUCGUGGCCUGCCUGGGCAACUGGUUUGGAAAAGGAAGGCGGGGCCUCAUCAUGGGAGCCUGGAACUCGCACACCUCCGUGGGGAACAUCCUGGGCUCGCUGGUGGCCGGCUGCUGGGUGUCCACCUGCUGGGGGCUGUCCUUCGUCGUGCCCGGGGCCAUCGUGGCGGCCAUGGGGGUCGUGUGCUUCCUCUUCCUCAUUGAGCAUCCCAAGGACAUCCGGUGCUCCUCCACGCUGUCCACGCAUCCAAAGGGCUACGAGAAUGGCACAAACCGAUUUAGACUGCAGAAGCAAAUCCUACACAGCGAAAAGAGCAGGCCUCUGGACCCCGAGAUGCAGUGCUUGCUGCUGUCAGAUGGGAAGAUCCCCGUCCACCCCAGCCACGUGGUUGUCUUCCCGGGCGACGGGAGCGGCGUGGCGGCCAUCAGCUUCACGGGGGCCCUGCGCAUCCCGGGCGUGAUCGAGUUCUCACUGUGCUUGCUGUUCGCCAAGUUGGUCAGCUACACCUUCCUGUUCUGGCUGCCGCUGUACAUCACCAGCGUGGAUCACCUGGAUGCCAAAAAGGCAGGCGAGCUCUCCACCCUGUUCGAUGUGGGCGGGAUCUUCGGUGGGAUCCUGGCAGGUGUGAUCUCCGACCGCCUGGAGAAACGGGCCUCCACCUGCGGCCUCAUGCUGCUCCUCGCGGCUCCCACGCUCUAUGUCUUCUCCUCCGUCAGCAAAAUGGGCCUGGAGGCCACCGUGGCCAUGCUGCUCCUCAGCGGUGCGCUGGUCAGCGGGCCCUACGCACUCAUCACCACCGCUGUCUCCGCAGACCUGGGGACUCAUAAAAGCCUGAAAGGAAACGCCCACGCCCUGUCCACUGUCACGGCCAUCAUCGACGGCACGGGUUCUGUAGGGGCAGCGCUGGGACCCCUGCUGGCCGGGCUCAUCUCCCCUUCUGGGUGGAGCAACGUGUUCUACAUGCUGAUGUUUGCGGACACCUGUGCCUUACUGUGCUUGCUUCGCCUGAUCCACAAGGAGCUGAGCUGCCCGGGCCCCGCGGCAGGGGACCAAGCCAUGCUGAAGGAGCACUGACACCCGUCCCGGGAGGAAGCCGCGCCCUCCGCCCUUCAAGAAGAAGCUGAAAUAAAGGAUCCGGGGAAACGAACACCCCGCCCUUGCCUUUUGCACGCACUCCUGGAGACAGGCCGAAGCCAGCCCGAAGCCUGCGAACAACUGAGACUGCGGGGCUCGGACGGCCGCACCUCUGUGGCUGCCACCCACUGCCUUAACUGAGCCAGAGGCCAGAGCGCGCGCGUGUGUGUGUGCGUGUGCGUGCGUGUGCGUGUGCGUGUGUGUGUGUGUGUGUCUCACAGGCAGCGUGGGCCCGCAGCCCUUCCCUCUCAGGUAUCCCCAUGUAGAAUGUUUCUGUGUAAGAGCCCCCCCACCCCCCGCGGUGGCCAGAGCUCAGGCCACUUCCUGCUGUCAUUCAUCGACACCCCGAAUGAGGACAGGGAGCCCUCCAGGGUCCCCAGAGCCACGCACCAGCUCUCACGUGACAUGAGAAGCAGACAGAGCCAAGACCCAGCAGUCCCCAGAAGAAGUGUCCGAGGCUCGGUCCAGGCUUGUCUACGCCCUGAGCAGGACGG